UGCCUGAUGCAGAGAAGGGAUGUUUCAAAUGGAUCAAAGUCUGUGUUGGCGUCAUUCUCCAAUGGUCUUCUAACAAAUUUAAAGCUGGGUCCUGGAGUUUACUGCUUGGUGAACUCCAUGAAAGCAAAGAGUCUCAAGCUCAACUGGAUCUGACCUGAUGGAGUCGGAUAACACUAAAAAGACUGCACGCACUUUGAUGAAGAGGUGCCUCCUCCUCUCCUUCCUCUGCAUUUUAUCACUGUGCAUUUUCAUUGGAUGGUCAAGAACCUUAAGAAUGAAUCCUUCAGCCUUCAGCAGCAGCACAAAUGUGACUGUAAUGCUGCAGGACCAUCCCUUCAGCAGCAGAACAAAUGUGACUGUCCUGCUGCAGGACCAUCCCUUCAGCAGCAGCAGAAACAUGACCAUCCUGCUGUGGCACUAUCCCUUCGGAGAGUCAGUGAGCCUGAAUGGUGAUGUGUGCUGGGAUAUGUACCACAUCCCUCACUGUCGCCUGGUGGACCAGCACUCCAUGUUCUCCUCAGCCGAUGUGGUUGUCUUCCACAACAGGGAGCUGAUACAGGGCUCCCAGAAGCUGCCCACCGACCAGCCUCGUCCACGGGGCCAGAGGUGGGCCUGGAUGUCCCUGGAGGCCCCGCCUCACAAUGGAAACUUGCAUCCGUUUGCAAACAUCUUCAACAUAACCAUCACCUACAGGAGGGAUGCUGAUAUCACUGUUCCCUAUGGAGAGCUGCUACCUAAAGAGGAUGAAGGACGUCUGGUGGAAGACAACCUUCAGGAAAAGACCACUCUGAUCUGCUGGGUGGUCAGCAACUACAAAAGCCACCACAAAAGAAGCCAAGUGUACAGUCAGCUCAACGCCAUAGUUCCUGUGAAGGUCUACGGGCGAUGGAUACAGACACCCCUCGACUCCUCAGCCCUCCUACCUACAAUCUCUCACUGCUACUUUUAUCUGGCUUUUGAGAACUCAGUCUCCAAAGAUUAUAUCACAGAGAAGCUGUGGUAUAAUGCUUAUGAAAGCGGAGCUGUGCCCGUCGUCCUGGGAGCGUCGUUAAGUGAUUACAAAGCUGUGGCUCCACCUCAUUCGUUCAUCCAUGUCGACGAGUUUGCAUCAGUGAGAGAAUUGGCAAAUUAUCUACAAGAGCUGGCAAAGGACAAGAAACGCUACGCUGAAUAUCUGACGUGGAAACAACAUUGGAAAGUGAAACUGUACACAGACUGGAGGGAGAGACUGUGUAAGAUCUGCGCAGAGUUCGACAGUUUACCUCAGCACAAGGUUUACUCAGACCUGGAGGCCUGGGACAAAACCACUUCAGCUUGAAUGGUUGCCAUUGAUGGUGACAAAGACAAGCUGCUGUUUUUACUGUGUUUUAGACACAUUAACAGGAAUCACCACCACAUCCUCUGCAUUACUUCUAAUUAGUUCUGUUGCCUUAUAAAGCAUUUUGGUAAUGUGCUGAUAAAAUAUACUGAUAGUUAUAUUGAAGUCAGUAGAAACAGGAAGGAGAAUGGUUUUAAAGGGUGAAAAAAGUAAAUAUUCUCAUGUCACUUGUAUAUAUAUAUAU